AAAAAAAAAAAAAAACAGAACACGACAAAGUAUAUGCUCCGCUCUGUACGCGCACGCAAAGCGACACGGCCUCACUCCCCCCUCGCCGGAGCCCCCUCCUCCGCUGCGAUGUCGCCGCCACCGCCGCCCUCCGCCGGAGACGGAGGAGGAGAUGGAGGAGGAGAGGAAGCGAAGGCUGCGGGGUUCGUCGUCUUCUCCGGGAUCGCCAUGAGCAUCGUCAAAGCCCUUGCCUUUAAGCCCCCUCAACCCCAUUCCCCACCAUCUCCAUCUCCAUAUCCAUCGCCAUCGCCCUCUCCUCAAGAGAAGCUCGUGGUGGAAGAGGGACCCCGAGUCGAGGCGCCUAAGAGCCGGGUUGUGGAGAUUGCGAGGGGAGAUACACUUUGGGGCCUCUCUCGACGAUAUGGAGUAUCAAUAGAUUCAAUCAGGGAGGUGAAUGGGAUCACGGGCGAUACAAUUUAUGCAGGGAAGAAGCUGAUCAUUCCCUGAAUUGCAAACAAUUUGGCUGUUUUUGUGCGAUCAUCAAGAUCAUCGAAUGAGAAGAUCCAUGAGGAUAUCCCAUAACAAUCGCGAUCUCGGGUGGAAAGCAUAUCAACCCUUUCUGGCUGCCAUGACAGGAAUAAAAAGGUGAUUCGCUUGUGGUCCAUAGAAUGUCUUUUGUAUGCGCAACAUCAUGUAUAUAUUCAUGCAUGAGAUGUCUGAAUAUAUGCAAAAACCAUGCACACGUUGAUUAGUAAACAUUACAAUAUUGAUUUAUGCUAGUUAAUAGGCAUUUCCAACUAGUUUGUGGCAUUAUUAAAUAGAGAUAAUGGAAAGCAAGUCUUAUCGAUGAUUAAGAGUGAUUGCUUUUUGUUCAAAAUGGCGAGAGAAUGAGGACCAUGCUUUGGUGCUAUAUAUGCGAAAAGAGGAAAAGUAUAUAUGACAGGUUAAAAGAGGGUGGAAGGUCCCUGAGAAUUGUUCUUGGUAAAAGCAGCAUAUCCUGUAGCAUAUCCAAAUGUGCUAUGUGAGCAGCUUCACUAUAAAUCCUCAGCAAGUGUGGGAUUGUAGACUCAAGCAUGGGUAAAGAAACAAGUGAAGGAGAUGACUACUGCAAAAUGCGUGGUAUGAGAAUAACAGUGCAGCUCUCCUCUGGCAUGGAGGCAAAGCAAAGCACUUUAAACUCAAAACUUUGCUUAGCAGUCCCUGCCAAAGGAGAAUUGCCCUGCUAUUCUACCCCACAAUCACUUCUUUUCUUUGUAUGAUAUUUAUUAACAAGCAUAGAUAUGGGUAUGUAUGCAACUCAUUGAUCAUUGAUCACAGAGGUAUUUAUGUCGUCAACUAUUAUGCACACGGAUAGUUUGCUGAUCAUUGAUCACAGAGGUAUUUAUGUC